AUGCCAAUCAUUAAUAACUCUAAAACUGAUCCAAACAAAAUUCUCCCCAUGAAAUAUCUGUGGGCUCGCCAAUACUAUAAAGAUGGAAUUGCUAAUAAUUGGACACCAGAAGAAAUUUCAAUGCAUUCACAAGAAAGAAGAUUAAUUUUGUGGAAUCUAGGAUUUUUCGCUACUGCUGAAUCUUUGACAGCCAAUAAUCUAGUGCUAGCAGUUUAUCGUCAUGUCACUAAUCCAGAAUGUCGCCAAUAUCUUUUACGGCAAUCCUUCGAAGAAGCAGUUCACACCGACACUUUUAUUUAUUGUUGUGAUAGUUUAGGUUUAAACCCUGAUGAAAUUUACAAUAUGUAUUUAACCAUACCUUCUAUUAAAGAAAAAGAUGAUUUUGUGGUUGAACUUACCAAAUCCAUUUUUGAUCCUAAUUUUUCUACUGAAGGAGAAGAAAAUAUUCGCCGCUUUUUGCAUGAUUUAAUCGGUUAUUACGUGAUUAUGGAAGGGAUAUUUUUUUAUGCCGGUUUCGCGAUGAUGUUAGCCUUAAAAAGAGCCAAUAAAAUGGUAGGUAUUGGGCAACAAUUUGAGUAUAUUAUGCGAGAUGAGAGUUUACAUUUAGCUUUUGGCUUUGUUGAAUUAAUUAAAAAAUCUGUGGAAUUAGAAAAACAAUACGCGGUUGAUGCUUGCCCGCAGGGAAUAGUAGGUAUUAAUUCUCAACAGUUUUGCAAGUAUGUAGAGUAUAUUGCUGACCGAAGAUUAGAGCGAAUUGAUUUACCAAAAGUUUAUCAAACUAAUAAUCCUUUUCCUUGGAUGUCCCAGGCCACUGACUUAAAUAAAGAAAAAAACUUUUUUGAAACUCGUCCUACCGAAUAUCAAACUGGUGGUCGUUUGGAAUGA